GCUAGAGCAGGCAAGAUAGUGCUCUAGAUAUUCCUGUAGCUACUUCCUGCACUUUUGGUCGUGUUUUAUUUGAGUUCUUUCCCCGUCUAUCCCUGUGUGUACUACAGUCUGGCUCGGUGUUCAGCAGCUAAUCCGCGCCGUCCAUGAUUUUCCCACAGCUCUACUAAUGCCCCAAAGCCGCAGCUGCCACACGCUGCCAGUUGCUACAUUGAUCAAUAAUUUACCAGCUUGACGCCUCAACGACCCGCUACCCCCGUGCAGCCUCGGGUCGACUGAGGCGACGACCGAUAUUUACUCACGCGGAGGGGACGCUUAUUCUCCCGUGCUUUAAAUGCAGCGUCAGUAAGCAUUAGCCAACAGGCAGGAUCCCUUCGGUGAGUCUACGGAUUAGACUGUCGCAAUGUGCGCUGCGCGUAUUGGUGACUGCAACGGCAUUUGAGGACGCCUCUCGCGUUCAUCUGUCCGGGAACAGCGGGGGUCCCGUUAUGGUGCGGGAGAUGCAGUCAAGGCAAACAGGAACUGACUGCAGGACAUAAAGACGAAGAAAAUCACUCACGGUCACGCAGAACGUCUUCGCACGAGCGGUUCUGCGUACACCGGCGCUCGCGGAGAAUUUCAACCGAGCUUGUGAACUCCCCGGUCGGUGCCGCCAGCGAGGCUCCAUCGUGACCGCAGGAGAAAUAUAUUUUAAACGGAACGGUUCACGGUAUACGAGCUGUGCCCAGGGUCGGCGGUAAUCCAUCGUUCCGUAAAGUGUCGGAGAAAGCUGUUCUUUUACAGACGGUACAAACUCUGGGAAACAGCCCGACUUGUUGAGUUCUUUUUUCGCUUCCGGUAUCACCGGAGAAACCGACUGGUGCACCCGCUCCCUCUCCUUUUUUUUUUUUUGGACGCGGAAGGUUUUAAAGAAAAAUGGGUCUUUGAGGAGAGCUGGCAGAUUCCUCUCAACUACAAUGGCCACAGAAUCGUAUUUGGUGCAUGAAGGUCCCCAUCGAGCCCCAGGCAUCUCAGAGUGUUUCCUAGUGCCUGAAUCCUACAGGGAUGAAUUCCAUCCCUUCAUCGAGGCUCUCCUCCCGCACGUGCGGGCGUUCUCCUACACCUGGUUCAAUCUCCAGGCCCGCAAGCGCAAGUACUUCAAAAAGCACGAGAAGCGCAUGUCCAAGGAUGAGGAGCGCGCUGUCAAAGACGAACUCCUGGGCGAGAAGCCCGAGAUCAAGCAGAAGUGGGCGUCGCGGCUGCUGGCCAAAUUGCGCAAGGACAUCCGGCCCGAGUUCCGUGAAGACUUUGUGCUCACCAUCACGGGGAAGAAACCGCCGUGCUGCGUGCUGUCCAACCCCGACCAGAAGGGCAAGAUCCGCCGCAUCGACUGCCUGCGGCAAGCCGACAAGGUCUGGCGCCUGGACCUGGUGAUGGUGAUCCUGUUCAAGGGGAGCCCUCUGGAGAGCACAGACGGAGAGAGACUGGUCAAGUCCCCACAGUGCUCCAACCACACCCUGUGCGUGCAGCCGCACCACAUUGGUGUGUCUGUCAAGGAGCUGGACCUGUACCUGGCCUACUUCGUCCACAUGCCAGAAUCUGGGCAAUCAGACAAUUCCAAUCAACAAGGAGAGUCAGACAUCAAACCCCCACCAAACGGACAUCUGAGUUUUCAGGACUGCUUUGUGACUUCAGGGGUGUGGAACGUAGCCGAACUUGUACGAGUGUCUCAGACCCCUGUUGCAACAGCAUCAGGUCCUAAUUUCUCUCUUGCGGAUCUGGAAGGUCCCGGUUACUACAACAUCAACCAAGUAGCACUCAGCAGACGUUCACUUGCCUCUCCUCCAUCCACAAGGUCUGAGGUGGAGCUGUACGCCAGUCUUCCUCGGAGCUCUAAUAAGCGUAAGUCUAUAGAUGACAGUGAGAUGGAGAGUCCUGUCGAUGAUGUCUUCUACAGUCGUUCUCCGGCUGGCACCAGCUCCCAGUCCAGCGGCUGGCCGAAUGAUGUCGAUGCAGUUGCAGUGCAGCACCACUUGACGAGUGUUCAAGAGAGGAAGAUAAAACAUGAAAAUGAUGGUGUGCAGUUUCCUUACCAUGGGCUGUCCUCUCCUGGGUCUCUAAAGAAGCCAGCGGGGAAAUUCGAUUUCAGCGCCCUGUCAGCACAGACGAGGUCCCCCCGAAUGGCCUUCACACACCACCCGCUGCCCAUGCUGGCAGGCGUGAGACCAGGGAGUCCGCGUGCCUCAGCCUCUGCCCUUCAUUUUCCUGCUCCCUCCAUCAUCCAGCAGUCCAGUCCAUACUUCACCCACCCCACCAUCCGCUAUCACCACCAUCAGGACCCACUCAAAGAGUUCGUCCAGUUCGUCUGUGCUGAUGGCUCAGGGCAGCCGGGGGCACAGCCUAACGGGAGCGGUCAGAGCAAACUGCCCGGCUCCUUCUUGCUGCCACCUCCUCCGGUAGCGCGGCCGGUGCCGAUGCCCCUCCCCCUGCCCGAGCACAAACCCAGCCACACACACCCCGAGAGCGGAGUCGGCUCCCCGGCCUCGCCCUCAGCAUACCCAGCGCCAGGCUCCACAGCUUCCAACAGGUUUGUCGGCAUCGGAUCACGGGACAACAACUUUCUGAACAUCCCACAGCAGACUCAGUCAUGGUUCCUUUGACGAGACUUUUCAUAAACCACACAGACACACAUCCACAAUGAAAACUGGAAAUGGAGUCACAAAGCUAAGUAUGGAACUUUCCCACACGCCCCCCUGUAAAGUCUCUCUCACACACAAACACAUGCACAAAUACACACACCAUUCCCAAAACCGCUGACACCCUCUUUGGAUCAAGGGAUCUGGAAGACUUCAGCAUUACCCUGCCCGUCUGGACAGCUCAGAGAACCAAACAAAGGAACAACAAACCGACAUCUUCGUUGUGUUCCCGAGACUUCCAGUGCAUUGACUAAUUCCAUCUACCUUUCUUUAAUUUGUUCAUCCCCCAGUCAUAUGCAAUGGUGAGGAAAUCCAUCUCUUCCUAGUCAGAACUCUAUUCAUGAAAUCAUUGAAAAGGGACAUUUGAAAUGGACAUGUAACCUGGAUGAUGCCGGACACGUGUGAUUGGAUGGAGCCUUCUGAUUGGCUUAGGCUUACACUUCCGAAUCUGGAUUUCCUGAUUUCAGUGACGCCCUCCAGUGCAGUGUGAACUCGGCGUCCUCUCACUGUUUACCAAGCAAUAGACUGAGCGAAACAACAGAUAACACUAAUGUGAUUAAUGAGAAGGGAUGACAGUAGCUCUGUCCUUAGAGUCAGGCUCCAUGUUUUGUAAGGUAAAACACACAGAUGAGUACCAGCAGAGCAAUACACACACGUCACGUCAGCGACAGCACUACACAACAUCAUAUAGAGUAGACAGACAGCUGAUCACAGGAAUGGGAAGGGUCAAGCACGGCUGACUGUAAUGUCAAGCUUGUGACUCAAACAUUUUUCAUUUUGUAGUGUUUAUGAAUUAAAAGGCCAGUGAUUUGAGUCAUAAAACCCAUUGGCAUGAACUAACGAGGGUUUUUAGCGCAUCCAUCACUGACCUCUUCACUACCAUUAGUGCUUGUUUAUCAUAUCAUAUCCUACAGUCAGCCCUGCACACAAGGGCUUCUUCUGCUUUACUUUGCAUUUGGUUUUGCAGUACUUUUUUUACUUUUCUUUUUUUUUGUGGAUGUCAAAAAAAUUUAGAUUCAGGUCAUAUUACCCCAAAAACAAAUUAAGACAGAAAUAUGAUUUAAAAAAAAACUUAUUUAAUUAAUAAUUAUUUGUUGCAAAAUGGUCAAAAAAACCAAGCCAAUAUUUUUUCUGAAAUUCUCAUGCAAAAAAUUAAUGAAUACAAAUAAAUAAUAAUAAUAACUUUUUCAUCCAUAAUUUACUUUUACUAAUUUACUAAUGAGAAUUAUGGAUGAAAAUGCUUAAUUGUCAUACAAAUAUUGUCACAAUGCAAGGAAUCUCAGUGAGCCAAAAAUAGGCUUCAAUUUCAUUUUGUAAAAUUUUUUUUAUUUUUUAUUUUGAUUGUGCAAUGUGACCUGGUUGUGUUUUUGUGACAUUCACCCUUUCACUUGUGUUUGAUUUCUGGUUUUGUGCGAUUUUAGUUUGCAUAAAGUAGCUAGCCGCUUCUGCUCCAGCAGAUCCAACUGCAUGUGGAAUUGUGCUUUUUUGUUUUUCGAGUUACAGGUAAAGAUCAGCUCUCCUUCAACUAGAAUGUGACUAACAAACAGACAAUCUCAAGUUUUCCUUUUAGAGCUUCAUUAAUUAGAUGUUUUUGAUGGCUAUUAUAUCAACAGUGCUGUGCCCUUCCAUCACUUUACAGUUCGUUCAUAACUUUACUACAGCUUUUUUUUCUGUUUCAGUACAGCCUAACUCGCACGACAAUCUACUCAAGGCUACCAUUUCAUUUAGCCUAUCAGCACAUUGCUCAACUAAAGUACAUACAUGCACACAUACACAAACAUUGCACUAUGACACACACCCACUUCCUUAAAGGACAAAGGGAAACCUUUAAAAACAAAUCCCUCUAUCAAACAUGAUUUUACAACAUGCACCCUAUUUAAAGUACAGCAUGUUUCAAUUUUAGAUGAACUCAGAAAAGAAAAUGCUUGUAACCACUGACCUCACUAAAUAACUGGACUGCCUGGCUGUCAAUCACAUGGUCAGGGACUCUGAUUGGCUGAGAGCUGACGAUUUCAUCAUCCACUUGAAACACAUCAAAGUGCCUCGGUGUCCCCUUUACAUGCAAUUCAGGGUCUUCACUUCAUGUAUAAGCUACAGAAAAUAUGUACAAUAUGUAUCAUGGGCUUGGCAAACAACAUAUGAGCAACUGCAAACGUCAUAUUUAAAGAUAGAUGUUAUCCAGAACAUAUCGUACUCAUACUGUGUGUGUGUGUGUGUGUGUAUAUAUAUAUGGACAUAUGUAUAGUUCUUCCGCUGUGAAAUUAGCUCUAUGGCAGUCUAGUUAUUUUUUGACCUUUGACCUGAGUCAGUGAUGUCAUUGGAAAACGUCCAAGCAUAUGAAACCCAAAAACAUCAGAUCAUCUCGUCAGAACCAACAGGACUGUCAGGUCAGGUCAGUGCAGAUCAAAAACAGGACACAAAUACACCUUUAGAACAGAAACAGAAAUUUUCAGAGAGAAAACAAAUUCUCUUUGUUGAAAAGUGUUAUUAUUGAGAGAGAGAGAGGGGUAAAAAAAAAUUAUAUGUGGACUGAGCCGUGUGCAAUGUGUUGGGUAGAUAUCUGUGUUUGUCUUCAGAUUUUUAAGAAAGCGAAGGAAGUGAAAAAAAGAAAGAAAAAAAAAAAAGGUUGAAGUCUGCAAGCUCCUGGACUCUAAACACGAGGGCCACAAAAAGAAUCCCAGUCUCUGUAAGCGUUAAAGCGGGGAAGUUAAUUUUUACUUUUCAAUUAUCUUUUUUAAUGUUUUAUUUGCAAGCUUUUGUUUUUAAACUAUUUUAGGGGUGGGGGCCGAAGGAACGAUUUUACAAAAGCAAAUGUAUUACAAUAACAAAAAAUACUGGUGCUUCUGUUACUCAAGCGCAAAUAAUACCACACCAGAACGAGACAAGUUUAACGAGCCUGUUUCUUUCUUCUUCUCUUGUAUUUACCUAGGGAGUUCAUAUUUUUAUAUAUAUAUUUUGGUUCUGACAAAAGGCAUUUUGCUACAACCUUUAAGAGAGCAAUGCCCCUUCUUACUCUUCGAUAAAUGGUGCAUUCAAGUUUAAGUUGGUCAGAAAGAUUGUGUUUGAGUUGAACGCCGCAAUGAAUGCAGCAUCUGUAAUUAGCGAUAAGGUUGUUAAAAUGUAUGAACUCAUUUUUUCCAUUUGCAAUAAAGUUGCAUAAUAAAUUAUGAUAGUACUCCACCGUUGUAAUAUAAUGCAUAACAAUUGCACCUUCAUAAAUUGAAUAAAAACACACAUGAUGCAAAUUAUUUGUUAUUUUGGAGUUAAAAAUUACUUUGCAACUCAUAAAUACAAACUUUCCAGGAGGACUUGAAUGCACCUAAAUACCUGAUGAAUAUGCAUAAAGGCGUGUUUUGAUUGGAGGAAUCAAAACCAGAGGGUUUGUCACAUACAAUCAGAUCACAUUUGCUCCAAAUCUCUGCUUCCUUUAGAUGAGAUCGUGUCGAUGUUAAUGUUAACGUGAGUAGGGUUUCAUUAGUCGUAGUUUAGAGCACACAAGGUUCGAGUCGAGAGGCAAAAUAAAUAUCAGUGUGCCACGGCUGCCCCGUAUUGUCCUGGAAACACUUCCUGUAUGUAAAUGAGCUCCCAUAGUGUUCGUGCUGUAGUGUAUAGGUGAGCAUUUAAAGGUUGUCCCAUUCAAAGUGCCUUUUGUUCACAGACACCAUCUUGUAAAUGAUGAACACCCGUCUCUCCUCUUUCUGAGCUUUCUCAAGCUGUAUUCACAGUAUAUAGUACUACAAGAAAAUGGAUGUGAUUUCGUUCUUUUUAUUGUACAAUGAUGAAAAAAAAGUUAAAAAAGCAAAAAAAAAAAAAAAAAUUUGGGUCCCUUUUUCUCUGUACCUCUGUCUUUAUUAGUCUCUCGCUCUUGGCACCGUAGAUGUCUAUCCUUAUCUUUCCUCCCUCUUUUGAUGAAAGAGUUGGAAAAAAAAGUUGAAUCUUUUUCUCUUGAGCAAGAUGUUGUAAACUCUAAUGUUAUAUCCCUGUCUGUAUGCUUCACAUGUUUAUAUCAUACACGUCUCGCUCUUCGGUCAAACGCAGUGGGCUCUGAGUACAAACUGACCCGGGACCGACCCGCUCACCCUCCCUUCAUCUGAGACCAGCAGUACCGGUGUGUCUUAGGAAGCGGUGAGGUCCUGGUGCCAGAUCUGUUUGGCUGUCGGUGGAGAGCGCUGGACCAGAAGAUGCACAGUCGUGUUUGUUUGUGUUGUAUUUAUUUCCAUUAGUCUCGCUUUUGACUCUGCAAUUAAAGCACCUUUUUAGUGGUUGUUUGAGGCCAGCUGUUUAAAGAACUUGACUGAUGAUUUGCCAAUUGCACCUUAUGCACCGUUUAAAACAGUGCACUAAGAAUAAAAUGCCCUGCAUUUAGAAGUACUGAUCCAGAUGUGGCGGCAGCUUUGUUGUCAAAUCCCAGCUGCUCCACUUAAAAUAAUUCAACCCAUGGAUUUUUGUAAGCACCAUAUUAAUCAUAGAUAGUAAUGUUUCAGCAGUGAACAUUUUUUAUCGGAUAUAAAAAUAGACAAAAGUAAAUGUUGCAUGAAAAGGAUGAUAACUACAAAGUUUUAAUAAUCAUUCUAAUUCUAUUAGAAUAGAGAAGUCCACACUUAAUUACGUCAAUUGUUUUUUACGCAUUUUUUAAAUAUUUCAAUUAAUGUGCAUUUUUACAUGCACACCAUGCUGAAGUGAUUAAGAGUUAGUAGCACUAAAAUCUGAAUUAUUAAUCAUCCCUCUGGUUUGUGUCAGUAUUAUGAAACUUUAGUUGCAUUUAUUUAUUCAGAAUCUGCCCCGAUUUGCUCAUGCAAAAUUGCAGCUGUACACGUUUUUUAAAUAUCUACUGUCUCUGCUGUCGAUGUGGUUUUGAUUUGCUUGUGUUUUAGUACAGCUAGUCUCUGAUCCAGCGCCCUCCACAGAGCCUUUGGCAAUCUGCAUGUGUUAUUUACAGAUUCUUUUCCAUUAUAAAAAACUAAAAUGUUUGUAAAGAGCAGCACCUGAUUGAAUAAAUGAUGUUCUUGACUGUACAAA